AUGUCCGUGGUCCUCAGAUGGAGAAGGCUGAGAGACACGGCGACGAGGGCCGCCAGGUGGGCGAUCCUGCCGGAAUCCUCCGCCGCGAGCUACCGUUUCUCGCAGAGGUCCCCGAUCUGCACCCGCUACAGCAGCAGUCUCCAGGUCUCCACCUGCGCCGCGGGGUACCGCCACCACCAGGAGCGGUACAAGUGGGAGGGCGGCUCCGACGAGUUCCAGACCCGAAGGAUUAGGGCCGAGGUCAACUGCCCUCGCUGUUCCACUCACAUGGAGGUCCUCUUCUACAAUCGUUCUCCGCACACAAUCGCCGGCGCCGGGGACCGCGUCGGGGGGUACCAGGCCGUCAACCUCUGCCCCAAUUGUAAGACGGCGUACUACUUCCGCCCCCACCGGAUGGUGCCGCUGCAGGGGACGUUCGUGGAGAUCGGGCGGGUGAAGAAUUCAGACCUGCUGGAGAGGGGCGAGAAUGCCAGCGGCCCUGGAGGCGGAGCGGAUGAGGGAUCGGGGAGCAGAUUUAGAGUCUCCUUUUGGGAAACCCUCAGGUCACUGAACGGUGGGGAGCCGCCGGAGAAUUGGCCACCUGCGCCGGGUCCGGCUCCAUCUGGGGGGAAUAACGGAUUGGCUGUGCACACACCCCCUGGCCCACCGUUCCCUCCAAACCUGAAUGUUGUGAGGUUGUCCGGUCCUGGUGGCGGGGGUCCUGGAGGCGGUGGCGGCGGCGGCGGUGGUGGUGGUGCGAACGGAGGGGGUAAUGGGUUGGGGGGGAAGGAUGCCUGGGGCGGCUCCAAUAUGGGGAAGGAUUUACCAACACCCAAGGAGAUCUGUAAGGGGCUUGACAAGUUUGUGAUUGGACAGGAGCGUGCCAAAAAGGUGACGAUUUUGGCGAAUCUCUGAAAUAUUGUUGAUGGUGCAUGCUUCUCUAUUUAAUGCCUUUUAAAUGCUUUCUUAUAGACAGGAGCUAUACAUGUACGUCAUACAUCUUUUCUUGUUAAUAGAAUGCUGUUCAAGCCACUUUUAGAAGCCUGAGUAGAAAGUUUUAGAGCGUUCUGUCGGAAGGAAGACCUACAUAAGUUGGCUCUCUUUGGACCAAGUCCAUAGCCAAGGAUGCAACUGCAGGAGACACUGGAUAGGAUAACCAUGUACCGUUUUGGGGUCAUCUCAAAGGCUAGCAACCCAAAAUUUUUAUGACCAUGAAUCUCAUUCGAUCUUUUUCCCAAUGCAAAUCAAUCAAAAUGAUUGAAAUGCCCGUCUUGGCUAACGCUGAAGGAGCUGGGAGGUUACGUGAACUUUCUGUAGCAGUUAAUAGACUAUACCCUUUUUCAUGCUUAUGGUGUGAGUUUCAUUUAGGACUUGGUUAUCCCCCUCCUUCAGGAUAUGGAGUGGAUGCCUCUUAUAUGAAUUGAAUGACGCUUUUCUUAUUUCUUUGAUUGCUGUGGAAAUUUUCUAUUGGUGAUACAAUCCCCAUUCCCUCCUUCCUUUCCUCUCUCUCCCACACACUCUCACAAAAGAAGGGGAAAGGUUGUUAAGUCUUUAGAGUUUUGGACCCAAACACUUCUUUGUACACGGUGAAUUUAUUCCUUUUUUUUAGUGUAUAAAUUGUGAUGGCAAAGGGUAAGGCAUGGUCAUUUUUGUGAAUUAUGGUUUAGGUUGUUGUUUAUGGCUUGUCAUUCCUUCAGUUAUUCGUACAUUGACAAAUGCAGGAUGUUUUGGUAAACAGAACAUUAUGGGUUAUGUUUUAUUCCUAAAAGUGCUAAGAGGAAAAGCAAGAGGAAAAUGCUGCCCCUUAUUCUAGACCUUCCUAGGCAUGAUGUGUGUUUUUUAAAUCAUUGAGGAUUUUAUGCUAUUAAUUAUGUGCAUUGUCAUUUUCAAAACAUACGGUAGAAAACAUCGUCCAGUGAUCAACUCUUGGAAAGCGUGCGAGUAUAGAGAAGUGAAAUAAUCAUCAUUCAGAUAGUCAGUCUGAUUUAAAGAAUUAUGCCAACAAGUACAUUCAUUCUGCAGGUGCUUUCUGUUGCUGUUUACAACCAUUACAAAAGGAUAUUUCAUGGAUCACUAAAGAAAGGGUUAGUUAUUGCACCAUCCUCAUGUUGUCCUCAUUUCUUCUUUCGCAUAUUUGUCUCUUGGCAUGCUUGUGUGCACAGUGGAUGCUUAUUUGCACUAGAAGUCUACAAGUGGCAUGUGUAUCAAUGAACCAUAAUGACUAGUAUAGUUACAUAUUCAGAUCUGGAGCAGAUUCAGCGAACCUUGAGGUGGAAACUGAUGAUGACGAAACAGUAGAACUGGAGAAGAGCAAUGUACUUUUGAUGGGCCCAACUGGCUCAGGUACCCUCUUUUUGACCAACACACUUUCCAUGUAAUGAAGCCUAUAGAAAAGUCUCAUAUUGUUGCACAUGAGAAUCUGGUUGAUUUGACAAUAUUCCUAAACUAGCAGUGCAGGGUUUGCUAUUUAUGCUUUGUGCCAUCACCAUUUUGGUUUUUGUGGGAUCAUAAACCGACUCAUACCGUUGUCCGCGAGUACAGGGAAGACAUUGCUUGCGAAAACUUUAGCUCGUCUUGUGAAUGUUCCGUUUGUUAUUGCAGAUGCAACAACACUGACGCAGGUAAAUAUUUCUGGCAUGUUUAUGUCUUUUUUUGUUAUUUUAGGGAGGAGAAUUUUAUCCCAACUAAAAGCAGACCAGCUUUAUGUUUGAAAAGUUGAAUGUCAUGUUGGAUUGGAUUUUCUUCACAGCUUCCGUCCCUUUCUUUUUUAUAUUUUUAUUCUGUUUCAUAUAGUUUUUGGAGUAAUGAAAUUAUUUUUUCAAUUACUUAUGCAUGCGCUUUCUUCUGAGGGAAGGUUAGGCAGUUCUUCAUUAAAACACGUGUAUGGAUUUAUUUAUGAAUGAGCAAUGGAUAAAUACGUGGUCUAUUCUCGGAUUCUUCAAAGGCAGCCUUUAAGAAGGUUGAGAGUUUUCUAUGAUUGAGCUGCUAUAUGUAUAUAUAUACACAAUUAUAUACUAUAUAUACAUAUAUAUUUUUCACGUAGAUCACCUUCUUCUGACUAUCAAUGCAUACAUCAUUUAGUCGGAGGAUCACUAUAGCUAAAAUGAUACGCCAUAAUAAUAUAAUGCUGGUUAGAAUAUCACACUUGAUAAUCCCAAAAAUAAAUAAAUUAAAAGAGGGACCUCCUCAUGAAUGAAAGCUUAUCUAAGCAACCUGGUUGGUUGCUUACCUGUGGACUUUAAUGUGUUAAUUUGCAGCAAUAUGAGAAUCAUUUAUUGAAAUUAGCAUCUUACUUCAAUUUAAAAUUUCACAAUUUCCAAAUCAAGAUAACCUUUCAUUUCAGGGAGGUCCUUGGUUAGCUUCUUCUCGAUAGUUGACCAGUUAUUUAUUCAAUUUGAUAGCCUAGCCGCAUGCCAGAUAAUUGGAUGACAAGUGUUAGAAAAGAACAAGGAAAUUUAUGAUUGCACAAAUGUUAGGCCCAAUUUGUUUUACUGCGUUUUUUGUUGACACAUGGGCACAAAUGGACUCUUCUUGGUUUAAACCGGAUUAUUUUCGCCGGAUUCAAGUCCCCAUUUAAUCUUGUCAGGCUUUUCAGAAAUGUCUUGUCGAAAACACAUCCUUUUUUUUUUUCCUGGAAUCUGCCAUUGAUGUUCAAAUUUCAAGGGAAGGACUCUAUCCUCCCUUGAGUUUUUGAGAAUAAGGAAAAGAUACAAUAGGUUAGAACAGAGUAUUUCACUCCGACUAGGAUAGGACUCUGAUGAAGAUGUAGAUGAGGACAAGGACAAUAAAAAGAAGAAGACAAUAAGAAGAAAGGAAAGAGGAGGUUGCAGCUUGCAGUGAACUGGCCCAAAAAGAGGUUACCUCUAAAAAAUGGUUUACUGUGGAAUGGCUACUUCCUAAUCCCUCUCCAUUGCUUCUCCCACCAGUACCUGUGAAUGAGGAUCAUAUGAACACAAGGGAGUGGUUAGUGUUUCAAGUUGAGUGAUAUCCGCUGUUUGAAGACAUAGAAUUAAUAUAAGGACAGUCCCAAGGCGUAUAAGCUUUAGGACACAAUGAGUGGGGGCAAAAUCAUAUAAUAUAUGAACACAUCGUUUUUUUCUUGUUUGUCUAAUUUUCUAUUUAUAAUUGCUGAAAUCAAGUUUUAUCUUGCAGGCAGGAUAUGUUGGCGAAGAUGUAGAAUCAAUACUGUACAAGCUACUUACGGUAUGUUGUAAUGAUCAUAAAAAAAGUUUACGAGGAUUUUUCUAAAUGGCAGAAUAGUUAAUAUUUUGGCCUGAUAUGAGAGGAUGAAUUGAAACUACCCUGAAGUUUUUGAUCUUACCUUGUACAGCAGUGUUAUCCCAGGGUUUUGUUAUGAAUUACGAAUAUUAACUAAAACAUGCCUAUAGUUAACUGAUUGGAUGUUCAGAAGAGAGGAUUAUGCGUAAAUGAAGGUGACAUAGUUUUAAUGAAACCUGAUAUUUGGCCAUUUACUUGUCUGUUUAUAUAUAAAGUUCAGUGAACAAUAUUAUUUUCUGACUACAAUGAAAUUUCCCAUUUUAGUAUGAUGUUUUUUUUGGAUCGAAAAUGAUCUUUAGGAUCAUACUAAUCUAGGUAUUUUACCCGGUUGCCAUAGCAAAGACCUGUACAGUGAGAUAAAUUAGGAUGCCUUUGAAGAAACCAUUGAUUAUCAAUUUUAGCUGAAUACGAAGAUGAUGAUUCCGUUCUCUAUUACCUACUGGAUGCUCAUGCCUCUAUUUUAUAUUUCUUAAUGUGUUAGGUUGCUGACUUCAAUGUGCAAGCAGCUCAACAGGGGAUUGUAUAUAUUGAUGAAGUUGAUAAGAUAACUAAAAAGGUUUAUCACUGAAUUUGCAUUACUUAAGCUACGAAGUUCACAUAGGUCUUUGGAGUCAUUGUCAAUGGUUAAAUUUUUGGUGCAGGCUGAGAGUAUGAAUAUUAGUAGAGAUGUUUCUGGUGAAGGUGUCCAGCAGGCAUUGUUGAAGAUGUUGGAGGGAACUGUAAGUCAUAUAGUUAUGGAUUUUAUUUGGCCCACUUGAUCAUUUAUUCUUCCAACAUUUUGUUAUUAACUUGCCCCUUUUGCGGUUGGGAUGAUGAAAGGCAGUUAGGUUGAAAAAAAUAUUAUUAAGUUCUUCAAUUAGAAAGAUCUUCUUUUGCUUGCGAUCUGAAAUUUAAAUAUCAUCCUUGCCAGAUUGUGAAUGUUCCCGAAAAGGGUGCUCGGAAACAUCCCCGUGGCGAUAAUAUACAGGUAUUAAAAGCGAAUACUCCUUUCAUAUUUCUCUUAGCAGAAGCUGUUGAAGGUUUGAACUAACUCAAAGAGGGUGGACUUUUUUAUUGUGCAUUUUGCUACCUUAUUUCGUUGUUUUUUGUUUCUCGUCAUAUAAUCAAUCUAUCAAUUAUUUCCUCGUCUCUUUAACCAGUUUUUUGGAAAAAAAUAGAUUGAUACGAAGGACAUUCUUUUCAUAUGUGGUGGUGCUUUUGUUGAUUUGGAGAAAACAAUUUCAGAAAGGUAAUGCGGUUAAAAGUAUUUUUGGCUAAAUUUUUAUAUGUCCAGCCCCAGGGGUCUGAUGGAGCCAUUUCCUUUAUUUCUGCACCAGACGACAAGAUUCUUCCAUAGGUUUUGGAGCACCAGUUCGUGCCAACAUGAGAACCAGUGGGGUUACAACUGCUGCAGUAACAUCGUCUUUGUUGGAGUCGGUAAGGAUCUACCAACUUUAAGGUUGAGUCAAUGCUUUAGCUCUGAAUCAUAUUGGCUUCCUUGACCAAGGCUUCAUCAGAUUUAAUGAGAUGCAUUAACAAGGAGCUAUUCUGUCAUAUUCAGGUUGAAAGUGGUGAUCUCAUAGCAUACGGCCUAAUACCUGAAUUUAUUGGACGUUUUCCAAUUCUAGUUAGUCUAUCUGCUCUAAACGAGGACCAGCUUGUUCAGGUACCCCACUGAUUCUUCAUAUCUUUUUUCUGGCUCUGAUUUAUCUGCAAUUACAAUGGAUAUAUUAUGAAUCGUUUGUUUCUGAAUAUUUCUAAUGGCAUUGACGAGCAAAAUACGGAAUCUUAGCUAAGAAAUGACGACACUUUUUGAAGGUUUUAUUGUUUGCUUCAUAUAUCAAAUCCUUAUGGCGUGUGUCUCAUAUCCAGGUUCUGACUGAGCCAAAGAAUGCUCUGGGUAAACAGUAUAAGAAAAUGUUCAGCAUGAACAAUGUGGGUCCUCUGAUCUCUAGACUUCUCAUCAAGAAAUUUCCUACUUUAGAUGAAUAAAGGUUAAUACGACGCACACCUUGCAGGUCAAGCUGCACUUUACUGAUGUUGCUCUUCGGUUGAUUUCCAAAAAGGCAGUCGCCAAAAAUACUGGUGCCAGAGGUUUAAGAGCCAUAUUAGAAACCCUCCUCACUGAAGCAAUGUUUGAGGUCUGUAUGCAUCUUUGGGGCAAGUUGGGCAACAGUUGAAAUCACCAGCAUUCAUCCUUGGUGUUCUUCAUACCUUUCCUCAUUGCAUGCCGUAUUCCUUCAGAUUCCGGAUGCAAAAACAGGAAACGAAAGAGUAGACGCAGUUGUAGUUGACGAAGAGGCCAUUGGUUCUGCCGACCGGCCUGGGUGCGGGGCUAAAAUCCUCCGCGGGGAUGGCGCACUGGACCAAUAUAUUUCCAGCAACAAGAGCGAGGAAGGGGUACUACUCUUGUGCCCUCCAUUGCUUUUUCCAUUUGCGUUUGAUUCAUCGCGCUGUAUCAUAUUUGCUACAAAUCCUAAUCGCAACCGAGGUUUUCUCAGGAACUUAGUCAUUAAUUUGGAUAAAUCAUUGUUUUAGUUAGCUUCCAUGGCAGAUUCCACGGCGUUUUCUUAAAAAGUUUUCAGAAUUUACAGCCCAAAUGUAGUUAAUUAUCAUUUGAGUAGCUUCUAUGACAAGCUGCACUGGCCAGAUUUCAAAAAACUCAAACCGUGCAGGGUAACGUGGAAGGAUUGGAGGGUGAGCUGGAAGGAGAUGCCGAGCUCUCUUCUAGAGCGAUGAGCAUGUAA